GGCGGCAGGCGCUGCUCGUCGCUUGCUCCCCGGCUCCGGGCGCUCCUGAGCCGCGCCCUCGGUUCCCUGCCCCACCGAUACCUGCAGCAUGGACUCGGACUCCGGGGAGCUUAGCGAAGGCGAGCUGGUCUCACCUGCAGGUCCCGAUUGUUUCAGUUCCAAGAAUCUUGCACUGCAAGCCCAGAAAAAGAUCCUGAGUAAAAUGGCAACCAAAACCAUGGCUAACAUGCUCAUCGAUGACACAAGCAGUGAAAUCUUUGAUGAGCUGUACAAGGUAACAAAGGAACACACCAGAAACAAAAAGGAAGCCCAUAAAAUUAUGAAAGACCUGAUUAAAGUGGCAAUAAAAAUUGGGAUCCUCUAUCGAAAUAAUCAGUUCAACCACGAAGAGAUGGAAAUUGUAGACAAGUUCAGGAAGAAGCUGAAUCAAACUGCCAUGACAAUUGUCAGUUUCUAUGAGGUAGAAUACACUUUUGACAGAAAUGUUCUUGCAGAACUCCUGAAUGAGUGUAAAGACCUUGUGCAUGAACUGGUAGAUCGGCACCUGACACCGAAAUCCCACGGGCGCAUCAACCACGUCUUCAAUCACUUUGCAGAUGUGGAAUUUCUAACUGCCCUGUACAGCCUGGAUGGGGAUUGUCGGCCAUACCUCAAAAAGAUCUGCGAUGGCAUCAACAAACUACUUGAUGAGAAGAUCCUUUGAAACUGUGCUUGGAAGCAAGAAACAAGCCAAAAAACUUCUGCCUAGAACUGGCCACCCUUCAUGAGCCACGGUGAGCAUGAGAGCAUCCUUCCUGCGCUUCUUACUGCAGUCUCCAGCAGGAGCCAGAAGGUGCUCACUUGGCACACGAUGAAGGGAAAAACCUAAACCAGAAAGCUAUCAGUUAUAAUGUUUUGUUCACAGAUAACUGAGUCUUUUCCAAGGUGUGGCAUGAAAAAAAACUGCUGAUAUAUAUUGUUCAGAAAUAGAUUGCUGUACAUCAUGAUCUUACUAGCUUUGUGGUCAAGGCUGAACACAUGAAAAGAAAGUAAGCUCAAAAGCAUGGCUGUGUUAAAAUAGGUGAUGGCAAAAGAGCAAUGCAUGGAAUUUACCCAGACUGCCCUUGGUGUGUGCGUUUUUACUAUUCCAACAGCAAGUGAAAAGGCUUAGAAGGUAAGGCUGUGAUGCGUUAAGCUCUUUCCUUUUAAAAUGAUCAGGAAUCAGUGUGAGACUGCAUCUCUGAAUUCACAUGGUAUUUAAGUCUAUUUAGGGAUAAUAAAUAAUACAAACAAGUAAAUCAGAAUAAAAUUUAAAGAGCUGCUCUAUGAAACAAUAUUUCCAUUAGAAAUUUUUGGCUUAUACUCAAAAAAAGCUUCACAUGAAUUUUGAAGAACAGCUCAGUGAUUGAAGCUCAAAGGCAAUCAAGAAAAAACAUGAAGUAGUUCCUGAAUUCUCCCAGUCUCAGGUGCUGCGUAUUUGAUAACGUUGGAUGAAUUCAGGCUGGAGAUGCUGCUGCUCUUUGCAUUCACACUGUUCUGUCAGAGCAAAAUACUCCUUGCGAACAUUUUGCACUUUUGAAGAGGAACACAAUUAAGUAACCACUUGCUGUACAAAGCAACAUUAACAUCUCAUAUCCUCAAUAGAUAACAUUCAGCCUCAGUAAAGCUCUCAUUUUAAUGUGUCCAUAGUAUCAAUUUGUGCCAACAAUGACAAAAAAGAACCCCACCUGCUUUGCUCACAGUGCCAUCUGAGUGCAGUAUGUCCACAGCCCUUUGAAGAGAACGCUACCAACUCUGGUGAGCUUCGUAAACAACCCACUGGUUCAGAGUGUUCUGCUUUUUUUGUUUUUAAGCAAAACGCACCGCUGUCCUGAAACAAAAGAUGUUUUGCAAAGGAAUACUGGUUUCUGUCAAGUUUUGCUAUCAUUAAGGAAGAGAACCAGAGCAGAUAAGCCAGCUUGCUGCUUGCAGAAUCUUACAGCUGGGUUGAUGCUGGCUGACCCUACAUAAAGGAAGCAUGUGCAGAAAUCUCUCCUUGCCCCAUGCCUCUGACCUCUCAGACUCACCUCAGUCUGCCAAGACAUUCAGUGUCAUGGGGUUUCUCCAUUCUCAUGACACGGCAGACACUCCCAUAUAUUUGAAAGCCAUCCCUCCCUAAGGAGAACUUCCAAGCACUGUCACCUAUUACUUCACGACAACAAAAAAAAUUGUUGUCCCAUUUAAAAUCUUAAAUACAGAGGUAAAUUCUGUUCUUCUGCCUUUUCUCACUCUGAGAAUAAUUGCUGUACUUCCCUACAUACAGCUGAGAAUACACAUACCUCAACUAUGUGUAUUCUCUGCAGUUGUGCUAGAAGCAUCCAUUCCCAAAAGAAUGCAUUUCGAAGCAAGUGAAAAUGGCAGCACAAAACAUUACUAGAGCAGUUUGGUAUCGAUGUAAUUCUCCGUCAUGUUUCCUUCAACCACGAAGAGUAUAUUCAGUAGCAGUGAAUACAGACUAUUCCUUUACAACUCAGCGUGGGAAUGAGAUAUGAACUUUUGGGACUGGAAGUCUGUUAAGAUUUGCCUUACAAGGUUGCAAGUUUCAACAUUUGCAGAGUCAUAUUUACACACACCAUUAGCUGCUUUCUUUCUCAGAGCACGUACCUGUCAACCAACACUUCUGAACCACAGUUAUUAUAUCCAGAACUCCUGUUCCAGUGCACAGGUCACAUCUGUGUGUUUGUUUCUCCUGUAGCAAAUAUGUCAGUUUGGUUGGUUGUUUGGAUUUUUUUUUUUUAAGCCAGAGCAAAAGAUUAUUCAACACUGAAGAUGUCCAAAACAAAAGGGAUAUCCUGUAUACGUGAAUUUUUGUGUGUUGCAAGUGCCGAUGUUCCAGAUUCUGAUAUUUUAGACGAGCCAGCUGAACACCUGUCAUCUUAUUUAUAAAUCAGAGUAGCCUUAAGGAAAGAAGAUGUUUUUUAGUAUUUAUCAUACUUGCAUAUCCAGUAUAUUCAUUGUUUACUUUUGUACUAGUAGCUUGCUAUGUAACAACAUUGCUAAAUACUGGCAAUGGUCAUCUUAAGUAUAUGAUGUAUUAUCAUAUUCGUGGAUUAAAAAAAUGUGUGAU